UCUCUUCCCUUCAGUCAACCGGCUGCUAAGGAGACGGACUUGCUAAUUCUGGCUGGGGUUUUUCCCUGCCUGGGCUGUUUUUCUCUUUUAUCUCCAUCAACUGAGGAGAGCUGUUCUGCCUUUCAAACAGUCAGAAGGUAUCUGGGGUUUUGUGUAUUUUUUUUUUUUCUGGUCUUCCUUUCAUAUAAUUCUGUGGGUCUUUUCCCAGAUAUGUAUUUUCUCUCAAAUUAACUUCUACCUUGUUUAAGUUUCCGCCCAUGUGACUUCCAGUGUGAGUUACCAGAAACCACAAGAGAGAGAGAGCGCGCGCGCACGAGCCCCAAAGCGAGCGACAUGUCCCUGUGGGGAGCAGUGCCUCUGCACCCCAGAGCGAGGAGGACGCGGGGGUCAGAGGUGGCUGCAGGGCGGGCAGAGGAGGGACCUGUGCAGGGGGGUGGGCUGGCGGCCCGGGAGCAGCCAGGAAGGGAGGCCAGCUGGUGACAAGAGAGCCCGCGGGCGCGUCGGGGGCUGGGUGGAGAGCCCGGAAGACUGCAGCCAUGCCUCACAGCUCGGACAGCAGCGACUCCAGCUUCAGCCGCUCCCCUCCCCCGGGCAAGCAGGACUCAUCUGAUGAUGUGAGAAAAGUUCAGAGAAGGGAGAAAAAUCGCAUUGCUGCCCAGAAGAGCCGACAGAGGCAGACACAGAAGGCUGACACCUUGCACUUGGAGAGUGAAGACCUGGAGAAACAGAACGCGGCUCUGCGCAAGGAGAUCAAACAGCUCACGGAAGAGAUGAAGUAUUUCACGUCGGUGCUAAGCAGCCAUGAGCCCCUGUGCUCGGUGCUGGCGGCCAGCACGCCCUCGCCCCCCGACGUGGUAUACAGCGCCCAUGCCUUCCACCAGCCUCACGUCAGCUCGCCUCGCUUCCAGCCCUGAGCUCUGAGAGGCGGUGGGGGGCGGACGGAGCCCCCCCCCCCGCCCCCAGCCGCCCUGGCCGGCCUCGGGAGGGGCACACAGACUGUGGCCAGGCCGCCCUCGCCCCUCAGGGCCCUCUCUCCCUCCGGAGACCCGGAGGCAGAGGCCCGGACAAGGAUCGAGCGCAGGACUGUACCGGCCGAGAGGGUGUGAGGUCACCCAGCGGCGUGGCCGCCUGUCAGCAUGUGCCGGGCCCCCGUGCGGACGGGAGGCCCAAUCCAGAGUCAAAUCCAACACGAUGCCCAAGUCCCAUGGCACAGAGGGAGGAGGGCAGGGUAGGGUUAUUUUUCUAAAUAAAUUUCUUAAAAGCAA